ACUUAGGGGCGUGGUCUCUAGUACUACCUGAGAAGAAGAUGGAUUCUGACUCAGCAAGGAAGACGUUCGAGCUCUCCAACAGCAUCAGCAGCGUGUCUAGUGUGGACUCCAUCUUCAGAUAUGACCACAAGAAACAGCAGGAGAUACUAGCAUCCAAACCAUGGGCCAAAGAUCCUCACUAUUUUAAGGAGAUCAAGAUAUCUGCGCUGGCCCUACUCAAGAUGGUCAUGCAUGCUCGGUCCGGGGGGCGUCUGGAGAUCAUGGGGUUAAUGCUCGGCAAGAUUGACGGCACUACGAUGGUUGUCAUGGACGCAUUCGCCCUCCCAGUGGAGGGUACUGAGACAAGGGUCAACGCACAAGCAGCCGCUUACGAGUAUAUGUCCACCUAUAUAGAGUCAGCCAAGAAGGUGGGUCGUCUUGAGAAUGCGUUGGGAUGGUAUCACUCUCACCCUGGUUACGGGUGCUGGUUGUCUGGUAUUGAUGUGAGCACACAAAUGCUAAAUCAGCAGUUUCAGGAGCCAUGGGCCGCCAUUGUGGUUGAUCCCAUUAGAACCAUGUCAGCUGGUAAGGUCAGUCUGGGUGCAUUCAGGACAUACCCAAAGGGAUAUAAGCCAGCUGCUGAUGGAUCUAGCCAAUACCAAACCAUUCCCCUGGACAAGAUAGAGGACUUUGGUGUCCACUGCAAACAGUACUACUCUCUGACUGUGUCUUAUUUCAAGUCCUCCCUUGACUCGUACUUGUUGGACCUUCUCUGGAACAAGUACUGGGUCAACACACUCUCAUCCUGCUCCCUGCUCACAAAUGCUGAGUACACUACCCAACAGAUAGCAGACCUCUCACAGAAGUUGGAGAGAGUGGAGUACCAGUCUGGAGGGUUUGGGAAGUCCGUCUCGCAGAGUGACAACACAAUCACUAAAGUGGCCCAAGACUGCUCCAAGGCAACUAUAGAGGCUGUCCACGGUCUCAUGGGACAAGUGGUCAAAGAUAAACUAUUUAACUCAACACAAUAGUUAGCCUCUACUCUGAAUGUGUUUAUUAGUCGUUUCUUGAUUGCAUUAACUGUUUCCAUACGAGUUCAUCAAUAUGAUUUCUUAUCAA